CUCUCACGGUAUAAAUGCUUGGAGAUUUUGGUGAAUAGCUUCUAAAGCCCUAAUUUUAAGCAAAAAGUGUUAAAAUAACUAACGAAAGGACAAUUUAUCCCUGUAGAAGCUUUACAAAUAUGUCAGGAAGAAGAAUACUUGAGCUUUGUUAGAUUUGGCUUAAAAAGUUUGCCUUAUCUUUACCUUUAGAAUUCUCUGAAAACAUUUUUCCAGAGUUGGAAAAUACAACUCGGUCAGAUAUUUUAUCUCUUUGGAUCUCAAUAGAUUAUAUAUGUUGAAAAAGGGCAAUCCUUAACGAUUUAUUUUAGAUACAAGGAAAAAGAUGAGAGAUUCAGGACUAGAUUAUCUUGAUGAGUUAUCAGAGGAAGAUCCGCAUCACCUCUACUUCCUACAGUUUAUUUAUGGGAUAUUCCUGUAUUUCCAUGUGUGAAUUGUGCUUUUGAUUCUACUCUUGAGUUAUCAAUUCUUCCAUCCUAUAAUUUUCUCGUAUUUUGCGUUAUAUCUGUGAAUGUGAGUCUUAUCUACAUUCUCAGUAUUUGGAAAUGAUAAGUGAAAGACACAGCAUUGGCUUAUUUUUCUUAUAAUGGGUAUCUUCACACUAGGAUCAAUAGCAGGCCUUGGCUUAGCUGUAUAUUUCAGUCUAUUUAACGACCUAUCAAGCUUAAGCAUCUGGAAUAACGAUUAUGAUGAUGUGGAGGGAACAUUCCAUGUUUUUCUUAUCCUCUUUAAUUUCAUUCCUGUGAUUCACGAAGUGCUAUACUUCUCUGUCCAUAUUCACAGGAAGAGAAUUUCUGGAAUCGAGUGUAAGCUGGAAGAGAGAUACUGACAGGAACCAAAUAAGGAACCCUUGAUUAAGAAAAGUUGGAAAUAUGACGUAAACGGUAGCUUAAAUGUCUCUUAUUCUUCUAAUAUUAGGGAUGAAUGUAACAUAACCAGCACCUCACACCAUAAUUUAACAGAUGAGCAGGAUUCUUACAUCCCUCCUACACUUGAGACAUAGCAUCCAAAAGAGUGGUUGUAUU